UGAGUCCAUUCAUAAGCUAAAUGACAACAAUGGAACGUUAAGCAAACAGCAUAUUAGCAACGUUCCUUCGAGGAGAAAAAAGUUCCUUGGUUUCAGUUUCUACUGCCAAUCGAAUUCUCGUGAUAAAAAAUCAAGUUCACUCGUCGCAAAUUAUAAGCACAUUCGCUCUUGAUCUGGAUCUCACUCUUCAAUUUAUUCAUUUGUCGAAAAUUUCUUCUUCAAUUUCGUUUUAUUUCAAAUUAAGGUCGAUCUGGUAUAUUAGGGUCUGGGUUCCAGAUCUCUCCGUUUCAAGUAAGAAUCUCCGUCAAUAUUUUUCUACUUUUUUAGUUGCAAAGGGAAUCGAAGAAUUAUUGGGAAUCGAAUGUUAGUUUAGGGAUUUUCAAUUUUGGGAGUUUCGAUUUUAAGACCGAGGAGGUUAACCAAAAAGAAAGGAAAGGAAAAGAUGCAUGCAAAAGUGGCACAAUCAUCAUUUAGAGAUCGGACGCAAGAAUUUCAGAGCGUAGCAGAUAGGUUCAGGAAGUCAAUCUCGUCUGGGCAGGGCCAAAAUGGGCCGAGUAGUAGUACGUCGAGAGCGGAGGAAAAGAGAUCUAUGGUUGCGCAUCAAUCGGAGUUUAAUAGGAAGGCUUCUAAGAUUGGAUUUGGAAUUCACCAGACUUCGCAGAAGCUUUCGAAGUUAGCAAAAUUGGCUAAGAGGACUUCAGUUUUCGAUGACCCUACAAAGGAAAUCCAGGAUCUCACUGCAGUUAUCAAGCAGGAUAUCACUACACUUAAUUCUGCUGUGGUAGACCUUCAGCUUUUCUGCAAUUCUAGGAAUGAAGGUGGUAUCUCCAGUGACACAUCUAGUCAUUCAACCACAGUUGUUGAUGACUUGAAGAAUCGCUUGAUGAGUGCAACAAAAGAGUUCAAAGAUGUCCUCACCAUGCGAACAGAGAAUUUAAAAGUUCAUGAGAACAGAAGACAGUUAUUUUCAUCCAAUGCUUCGAAGGAUUCUCCAAAUCCUUUUGUACGGCAGCGUCCUCUGGCCAUCAAAUCAGCAGCUGGAGCUUCAAACAACCUUCCUCAAUGGGCCAAUGGCAAUAAAUCUUCAUCACAAUUGUUUCCGAGAAAGCAGAUGGAUGGUGAGAGUCAGCCAUUGCUCCAGCAGCAACAGCAACAAAUGGUUCCACAGCAAGACAGUUACAUGCAGAGCAGAGCUGAAGCUCUUCAAAAUGUAGAAUCUACAAUUCAUGAGCUAGGCACCAUUUUCAACCAGCUAGCUACUCUGGUUUCUCAACAAGGAGAAAUAGCUAUCAGGAUUGAUGAAAACAUGGACGACACCUUAGCGAACGUGGAGGGAGCACAAGGACAAUUGCUCAAGUACCUAAACGGCAUAUCGUCAAACAGGUGGUUGAUGAUGAAGAUAUUUUUUGUAUUGAUAUUUUUCCUGAUGGUUUUCCUAUUCUUUGUGGCAUAGUCAUAGUCAAUUAUAAAGUGAGAUGGUUGGUUGAAAAGAGAGAAAGAAAAUGAUAGUGCCUGCCCUAUCCGCCUUUUCUUACUGCUAUAUAUAUAAUAUUAUAACACCAUCCUUUUUGGUUUAAGCCACAAUACCCAGUUGUGCAUCAAAGUUUUUUUCACCCUGCCUGAUGUGUAUGUAGAGGGUACAUGUAAAUUGGAAACAAUGAGAGUGGCAGAAACUAUUUCCCCCCCCCCCCCUUUUUUUUUAAAUUCAAAUUAAUUAUUGCGGGGAGUUUUAUUCAGACAAAAUUGCUCCCUAUUAUUCUCCCUUGCUUUUACAAUGUUUGAUGAUAUAUAUAUAUAUAUAUGUAGCAACUUAAACUUGGA